GAGUCAAGUAAGCUUCGCGUGGCUUUGACCAACGAAUUGAAGGAGUCAAAUAUUCUUCAGCCCUUUUCUUGAUAAUAGUCAGACUUGGUGUUCCUAUCCUGCAUCCUAAUGGUGCCUGAGUCUAUAUAUGGUUAUAGACAUAUGCUCGGAAACAAACACGUUAGCCGGCUUCACUAUAACUCUCCAAUCUCCAUAGAGACGAGCAAAGCCAGGAUCAUUCUUUUUCCCGCUCUAUGGAGAACGAAAGUAACCAACUUCAUGUAUCCUUUCUGCCAGUACCGGCUCAAGGCCACAUGAUACCCAUGAUGGACAUCGCCAAAGCCUUUGCGACUCGGGGCGCAAAAUCACCGUCAUCACCUCCCCUGCUUUUGCGGCCAUUUUUUCGAAGCAGAUCGAAAGAGCCAAUCAGUCGGGUUUGGAAUUCCACGUCCAAACCGUCAAAUUCCCAUCGACUGAGGUAGGGAUGCCAGAAGGUUGGGAGAAUACUGAUGCAGUCGGUUACAGCCAAAAUCUGCCCAAAUUCUCUGAGGCCCUGAGCUUGCUCCGGGAACCGGUCUUGCAUAUCCUGGAAAAACAUAAACCGGAUUGUCUAGUAACAGAUUUUUUAUUUUCAUGGGCUGCCGACGUUGCCGCUCGGUUGAAAAUUCCGAGGCUAGCCUUUGGAGGGACAAGCAUCAUUGCUGUGUGCGCCGGGGAAGUUAUCGCACGACAUCGACCACACAAGGGAGUUUCGUGUGAUUCAGAAACUUUCCUUUUGCCUCACCUCCCUGGAGAUAUAAAGCUAACAAGGAAUCAGCUGCCGCCUCAUUCAAGACAAGAAGUUCAAACAGAUUUUUCCAAGCUAGCAAGAGAAGCGUUUGCAUCAGAGGCAAAGAGCUUCGGAAGCAUUUUCAACAGUUUUUAUGAACUCGAAAAGGAUUAUGCUGAUUUUUACAGGAAUGUCUUGGGAAGGAAGGCCUGGCAUAUCGGUCCAGUCUCGCUCUGCAAUAGCGAUACCGCAGAUAAAGUGCAGAGAGGUAAGGAAGCAUCCGUCAGCAGGCACGAAUGCUUAAGAUGGCUAGAUUCGAAAAAGCCCAACUCGAUUGUCUACGUGUGUUUCGGCAGCAUUGUAAGAUUCAGUUCUCAACAGCUGGUGGAAAUCGCGAAGGGGCUUGAGGCAUCUCAACAAGAUUUCUUAUGGAUUGUGAAGGGAGAUAAAAGUCAAGAACAAGAUUGGCUACCAGAAGGGUUUGAAGAAAGAAUGCAUGGGAAAGGCCUAAUCGUAAGAGGGUGGGCACCCCAACUGUUGAUUCUCGAUCACGAGUCGAUCGGUGGAUUCGUGACUCAUUGUGGAUGGAACUCGACGCUAGAAAGCAUAUCUGCUGGUGUGCCAAUGGUUACGUGGCCAAUGUUUUCUGAUCAAUUCUAUAACGAAAAAUUGGUUGUUCAAGUGCUAGGGAUCGGGGCCAGCGUUGGAUCUACAUUAUACGCCAUGUUUGGAGAAGGUGCCGACUUAGUGAGCAGAGAUGACAUCGACAAGGCGGUGAGACGAGUUAUGGCGAGUGAAGAGGCAGAGGUCAUGAGAAGAAGGGCGAAAUUGAUUCGCGAAAUGGCCAGGAAGGCUGUUGCGGAAGGUGGAUCAUCUGACUCAGAUUUGACUUUGCUAAUCGAACAACUCAAGCAGCACAAAGCUGCUCGCGAAUCAAAAUAAAGCCUAGUCUAGUGCAUCGUUAUGUUUUGGUCCUGAAUCUUUCCUCCUUUCUUUUGUUGCGUUAGAUGAUCAAUAAAGAAUUUGUCACGCCAUGCUUUCAUAU